CAACGUCUUUCACAUUACGCUUGUGGAAAUAGCCUCUUGGCCACUAUUAGGCCUGUUAGUCGGUGCGGUUUCGGUUUAACCGAACCGCACCUACGGUUAACCGCAACCGAAGAUGGCGCAAAACUGGCAACCCUUAUCGCAACCGAAGGAAGAUACUGUUAACCGCAAACCGCAACCGACGCUUUCGGUUUGUUCCUCCGGUUAGCCGAGAAUGAUGGAUUGGUUGACAAUGGCGGGAGUUCUGGGAGCGACGCCGAGUUCUGGGAGGGAGGACAGCGGCGACGAGUUUUGGGAUGGAGGACGGCGACAAAUCUGAAUUCGCCGCAAAUCGAGAGGAGGAUCUAGAUCAGAAUCCGUCGCGGAGGCACAGGGAGGAAUAUCGAAGACCGAGGACGGCGAACGGCGGCAAAGGAAAGAGGCCGAGGACGACAGAUGACAGGACGACGACUGACAAAGAGGGUGGAGGCCGAUUAACGAAGUGGAAGCUAUUGACUCAGCGGCUGAGGAAGACAAAAAAGACCUGCCUGAGGAUCUGUAUCUAAAUCCUCCGCCGCAUGGAACAUGCAAGGUGUUGAUUGAAGGUGGAGUUUAGCGACGACGAUUGGGGUCUCUUUCCCACUGGCGGGCGAAGAAGGAAGCUGAGGGAAAGGGGAGAAAGCAGCGAGGUCGGGACUGAUUGAAGGUGAUGAUUGGCGGCGAUUGAAGGUGAUAAUUGGCAGCGACGAUUGGGUUGUCUUUCCCUACGGCGGGCAAAGAAGGAAUAUGAGGGAAAGGGGAGAGAGCAGCGAGAUCGGGACUCUCGGGAGAGGGAAAGGUUUCAUUUGGUUGGUGACUAUUUAAUCCUGGCGGUUACUUCGGUGCACCGAUUUUCCAUCGGUUAAGCAUUCUGCGGUUUUCGCUUAUCAAUUAUGUCUCAACCAAACAGCCGAGGCCGACACAGCUACCACUAUUCUCGGUUUGCGGCUAGCCGAAAAUUGCGGUUUUCAGUUCAGUUAUCGGGUUAACCGACUAACCGGCAACCGGUUAUCAGCCCUAGCCACAAUCAGGAGUGGAAUAAACUCUAAAUGCAUCCAGUUCCCCAGAUCUCCCUACCACUUCUUCACCAUCCCAGACGAUAUCAGUCCCACCCUUUGGUACACCCAUAAUUCGCUCAAAAUCUUUAGCCGAAAUAUUCACCUUCAACCCAUGAGCUUGAACUGUGCUCUCUUUCAUAUUAAAGUUCCUUAUAAGUUCUUCCAACAACUUGCGCUAUAACGUUCCGCCCUUGACUUCAAGCAUCCGACCAAAGCCACAUCACUAAAUGGCCUCUACUUGACAUUCCUGUAACCUUGAGACUAGGAAAAAUACUUUUCUUGGAGCACAUUGCAUGCUAAAAAGGUGAUGACUCUUCGUCUUCAUUAUAAAACAAUCUCAACAAACUACAAAAUUAAAAUACAAAAACGAAUAUAUAAGAAACUCAUUGAUUGACUAAAGUGUUAAUCACAAAACAAAGACUUUCAUUAAGAAAGAAGCAUAAUAGUAUAUCUAACUGGUUGCAUGAUGGAAGCCACUCAGGUUCAUAAUGUACCAAAACUUACCCGUUCCGAUUUUGAUUUCAUUAUAAAAUCUAUGGACCUUAAAAUCCAACACUAUAUAUGAUUUAAAUCAUUAAAAUCUUAUGAUUGUGUUACAUUUGUGUUGAAUAGGACCAAUAACAUGCGUAAGGGUAGAUGCAAGUUAGUUGGGUUACAUUUUUAUUGAAUAGGACCAAUAAUCUUGAGAAAUUAUCAUUUUAAAUGUUAUGUGUUUUUUUGUUAUUCAUGAUUUAUCUUAUAAAUAUAAUUCGGUGUUUGUUUCUCUAUGUACCAGAAAAUCCUACGAUUUUACGAUUUCCAUUUUACCCAAAAAAUAUAUUUUACGUAAAAUCCUAAUUUGGAGUGCUUUGAGUACGGGAACAUAAUUUUUGAACACGUUUCGUAUGUAAACAAGUGUCAAUCAUAUAUUCAUUAGCUAGCAAAGUAAACGAAUCAUUGCACGAGUAUACGAGCAUCCAUCGACGCAACCCAUGUUGUUGUUGUGAGCGGGCUUGACUAGCUUGUUAUAUAUAGAUGUGUGAACAUGUAGUAUUUAAAAGAGAAAUUAGAAAAUUUAAAAGAAUGAUUAUAGGUAUAAUAUAUCACUCUAUUAUGUAGCUUUAUCAAACAUGCCCCUCUACUAUUUUUUUACAUCUAACAUGUCCCUAUAUUUUUGCAAAAUUAUCGAACAUACCCUUAUGUUAAAAUUUUCAGUUAAAAUGGUCAACCACGGUUGAACCGAGAUUCACACGACCCGACAUCGGCAAAAUUGGGGGGGAAUAUCAGUUUUUCCUCCUCAUUUAUUUCUUUAAGUCUCGUUAAAGUGAAAUUAUCAGAAAUAUUUGGCUAUACAAAAGAAACAAAAUAAUUCUAAAGUGAAAUUAUUAGGAAUAUUUUAGACAUAUGAAUAUUUUGGUUUCAAUCUUGUCUCUGUUAGUCGAUUGACUAAAAACUCGUCUUAUUCUCUAACCUUCUUUCACGAUCGAUCACAGUCUUAUACAGGAUCUGGUCUCCCAGCCGUCAGCCGAUGAUUGGUACAGCUAGAGAGACUUCCGGCUUGUACUAUCUGUCAUCAGAUUCCACGACCUCUCUUUCUAUACCAGUGUCCCCUGUCAUUCCAGAUUCUGCUCAUUUGUUUCUGGAACUUUUGAUACAACUUUGCAUGACAUUGAUUUGUGGCAUUAUAGACUUGGUCAUGCUUCGUUACCAAAACUCAAAACUGCUAUGUCUACUAUUACCAGAUAUUGCAUAUACAUGUAAUAAUCACUGUUCUGUUUGCCCUCGUACAAAACAGUACAAUAAGAAAGUAAACAUUUCAAAUAAGUCCUCUAUUUGAUCCAUACUCUAUAUUACAACAAUCUGCCUGUAAAUGUUAACUGAGGACUCCCGCUAACUCAUCGUCCUUAACUUGUAGCUCGACUCUUGGUCGCAGCUACAAGGUAUGGUGCUCAAUUAAUUGAUUUCUGGUUUCUCCUAUUUUCACACGUACCACAUGGCGAUGGGGCCCUAUACUUAUACCACAUGUCAAAGAAAAGGGGAAAAGAGACCACGGGAGACCGGAUGAGACGCCUUCCCAAUCUCUUGAUAUCACGAAGAUGAAUACGAUUAUGAUGAAACGCGGAUGCAAGUAGAGAAACUUGUCACCAACGAUCGUAUUCGUAUUUUAAUUUCAUGUCACUAAAGAAGCUUGUCAGUCAUCAAACUGUUAUAAGUGUGACGAAAUAUGUUCUCGUUGUUCAUAGUAGAAGUGACAACAAAUCUAGUCACCAAAAAGAUUGUUGCAUCAACUUGCGUCCUAACAUUUUGUCACAAAAUGCACUCAUGUCAUGUGUGACAUAUGUUAUCAUCAUGCUUGGUAUAUACUCAUGUCGUCAACCCUUAUCAUAAAAGGAAUGUUCGUGGUAUCUCAAUUUAUUAUGACACUACUUUUCAGUGCUUACCAAAGUUGUCACCAAACAUAUAAUUUUGCAACGAAAUGUUAGGAACAAAUGACUGCAAUUUGUGGCGUGUCAUCUCGAUGAUGUUGUUUUUGUGACAAAAAACACUUGUCACAAAAUGAUUCUUUUGUGAAAACUGUAGUGAUAAUCCAAAUUCGCCACACAUGGGUGACAUACGUGACACCAAAAUUUGUCACAAAUAUUGACUUUAGUGACAACCAACCCGACCCUGAGAUCAUAUCCUUGAAUUUCAAAAUGUCUUUUGUGACAAAUUAUGGUCACACAUGAUAACUUUUUGUGACAAUUAGACAUGUCACGAUGAUAGUUUUCGUGUCUGCACUACCUUGUCACAAAAAAAAAUUAUUGACGAUAAUAUUCUUACUCAAGUAUUUGUUACAAACAAUGUUGUCACAAUUGGGCUAGUUAUUUGUGACGAUUUAGACUCGCCACAGAUAAAAUUUUAAAUGUUGC